AUGGAUGAUUUGAAUCCUGCAUCCUUACCUAUCGAAACAAACUUGAAGUUGGAGAAGCAUGGAGAAGAAGACAAAGUCGAUGUAACUUUGUUCAAGCAAAUUAUCGGAUCUCUGAGAUAUGUGUGCAACAGUGGAUCUGUUAUAGGUUUCACAAUCGGAUUAUUGAGCAGAUACAUGAGUGAACCAAGAGUGUCACACAUGAAGACUGCGAGAAGAAUUCUAAGAUACCUAAAAAGAUCCAUAGACUAUGGAAUUCUAUUUCAACGAGACUCUGAAGGCGAAGAAGCAACAGUUACUUGCUUUUCAAAUGUUGAUUGGUGUGGAGAUAAGGAAGAUCAAAAAAGCACAACUGGAUAUUUCUUUCAAGUAUUUGGUGCCCUAAUUUUAUGGUGUUCGAAGAAACAACCUGUAAUGGCAAUAUCAACGUGUGAAGCUGAAUAUAUCGCAGGAUCCUAUGCUACAUGUCAAGCAAUUUGA